UAGAGCCUUCUUCCUCUCGAUAAAUAGCCGCGCCAGCCUAUUCUUAACCCACACAGCUCUUCCUUUAUCCGUUAAAGCAACAACCUUCCAUUUGCCUCCCUGUCCUUCACCUCAAUUUCGCUGUGUCUAUUUAUCUAUUUAAGAUUUAUUUUAGUGCAUGAUUUGAGGUUUUGUUAAUAACCCAAUCCUCUAAUUGGGAAAACAAAUCACCAGGCCUCGGUGUUGUUGUCUCUUGCAGAAAUAUUAGACCUUUACUUUUUCGUUUUUCUUUUCGUGUAUUAUCUCAGAAAAUCUUAUAGAUUUUCUGCAAAGCUAGUUUUUGAGAGAUGGUUUGUGAUCUUGUAUCUCGCACGGGAAGAGAGUCGCAAAGAUACAACAAUUUGGGUUGCCGACAAGUUGCAGGAUGCAUUCCAUACAGAUACAAAGAUGGUAGUGAUGGUAGCAAUAUUAGCAAUGAAUUAGAAGUGCUUGUGAUUAGUUCACAGAAUGGUCAAGGAUUGACAUUCCCCAAGGGUGGUUGGGAACUCGACGAAUCAGUGGAAGAAGCGGCUUCCCGUGAGUCUCUUGAAGAGGCCGGGGUUCGUGGCAAUGUCGAGUAUGAAUUGGGAAAAUGGAGCUUCAUUAGCAAACGCUAUGGCACAUGCUAUGAAGGCUACAUGUUCGCUUUACUAGUCCAAGAGCAACUUGAUCUAUGGCCGGAGAAGAAUGUCCGCAGGAGAAUAUGGAUGACGGCGGCUGAAGCAAGAGAAGUUUGUCAGCAUGGGUGGAUGAAGGAAGCCUUGGACAAAUUGGUUGAAAGGCUUACAUCUCCACAGCAGCAGAAGGAAGCAGAUUUAGAUGAUCAGCGCCCAUCUUGAUACUAAAAUUGUUCUGUACAUAAUGUUGUAUUUCUUUUUUACGUGGACUAGCUGCUAGCGUAGUUAUUUACUUAUCUUAAUUUAUUGUGUACGUGAUCAUAAAGGAUAAGCCAAUUUUUUGUGGACGUACGUAUGAGGAAGCCCCGGCCCUACGUACUCUAGUCCCAAAAGAAAAGAAAAGAUAUUGGCUUAUUUGAGUUGAUCUAGUAGUACUACUGCUACUACUUGGUGCAUGCUCUGUGAAGGCCGGAGAGAGUACUAAUCAAUAUGAUCAUCAUCAAUACACACAAGAUACAUGCAGCCUUUAAUUAUCUUCAUUUAGUCAUCAAGAUGGCUAGGGAUAAUGAAGCUGCAUGGCCAUAAACACGUACAUGAUCAUGAUCAACGGAUGGAGUCAUGUUCAUUCCUCAACAAGUAUGCUGCUAAUUGACUAUAUGCCUUUGAUUCUUCCGUAGAAGGCAUAGAACGCCGGGAAAAAAACAGCCGCAAAAACUGUGAUAUGUUGUAGCAUGCUGUUAAUUUGAGCUUAUCCAUGCAGUUAUAUAUGCACUCUUGGAACGAGAGAGGAUCAAACCGGUACUGGACGACUAGAUCGAAACAAGGAAGUAGGGGUUUCAAUUAGCUAGAGCUAGUUAGCACUAUAUAUGUAAUGUAUGAGAAAGGAUAAAUUUCUUGAUGAGGGGCUUUCUUGAUGAUCUCCUGCCAAUCUGCAGACAAUAUUGUCUUCUAGAUGGGAGAUUUUAAUAUGAAAGCGCUCUCUCCUGCACGCAGGCAGUUAGGUAUUAAUGAUGGAUAUAAUAUGGUUGAGUACUUGUGUUGUACGUAUCUGGUAAAUUGAAUACUUCUCUUAUAUGGAUUAUUAAUGUUGUUGUCAUCGUUUUUAUGUUGGUUAAUAUAUUAUCAUGUUGUUGGUGGCCGUCUUGUUAUA